ACCGCAAAUCGAAGUCACUUUUAGUUUCUCCGCGCCCCAUAAAGAGUUGUCGCUUGAACUCUAAGAUUUUGAAUUAUUUCGACUAUUUUGUUUAAUUUGUCGAAGAAAUUAACUUAAAGAUGAGAGAAUGCAUAUCAAUUCAUGUUGGUCAAGCUGGUGUCCAGAUGGGCAAUGCUUGUUGGGAGUUGUAUUGCUUAGAGCACGGCAUCCAACCCGAUGGUCAGAUGCCAAGUGACAAGACAAUUGGAGGGGGUGACGAUUCGUUCAACACUUUCUUCAGUGAGACAGGAGCAGGAAAGCAUGUUCCAAGAGCAGUUUUCGUCGACCUGGAACCGACGGUUGUUGACGAAAUACGUACCGGCACGUAUAGACAACUGUUUCAUCCCGAACAGCUAAUCACCGGCAAAGAAGAUGCUGCAAAUAACUACGCUCGUGGCCACUACACUGUCGGAAAGGAACAUGUUGAUACUGUGCUUGAUCGCAUUCGAAAGCUUUCAGAUCAAUGCAGUGGCUUGCAGGGAUUUUUGAUCUUUCAUUCGUUUGGUGGUGGCACCGGCUCCGGUUUCACUUCUUUGCUAAUGGAAAGACUUUCAGUGGAUUAUGGGAAGAAAUCCAAACUGGAAUUCGCAAUAUACCCAGCACCUCAGAUAUCUACCGCUGUUGUGGAGCCGUACAACUCGGUUCUAACAACGCAUACAACCCUGGAACAUUCAGACUGCGCAUUUAUGGUGGACAAUGAAGCAACUUACGAUAUUUGCCGAAGAAACUUAGAUGUGGAAAGACCUACUUACACAAACCUUAAUCGUAUGAUUGGUCAGAUCGUUUCAUCCAUCACAGCUUCGUUACGUUUUGAUGGCGCUUUGAACGUGGAUUUAACGGAGUUUCAAACCAACCUGGUGCCAUAUCCACGUAUUCACUUCCCAUUGGUCACGUAUGCUCCAAUCAUCUCUGCUGAGAAAGCUUACCACGAGCAAUUAUCAGUAGCUGAGAUCACCAACGCGUGCUUUGAACCAGCCAAUCAGAUGGUGAAAUGCGACCCACGUCAUGGGAAGUACAUGGCAUGCUGCAUGUUGUACCGCGGUGAUGUUGUCCCGAAGGAUGUGAACGCUGCUAUUGCUGCGAUCAAAACUAAACGAACCAUCCAGUUCGUCGAUUGGUGUCCAACUGGUUUCAAAGUUGGUAUCAACUACCAACCACCCACCGUUGUACCAGGUGGUGAUUUGGCAAAAGUUCAACGAGCGGUUUGCAUGUUGAGCAAUACAACAGCUAUUGCCGAAGCUUGGGCUCGUCUUGACCACAAAUUCGACUUGAUGUACGCCAAGCGUGCAUUCGUUCACUGGUAUGUCGGCGAAGGAAUGGAAGAAGGAGAAUUCUCCGAAGCUCGCGAAGAUCUCGCUGCUCUCGAGAAAGAUUAUGAAGAAGUUGGUAUUGAUUCCGCCGAGGACCAGGAAGAAGAGGAAGAAUAUUAAGGAAACUUGAAAUCUUGGGAUAAACUUGUGAUUUUAUGUGAAUUUCAGUUUACCGGUCACGUAAAGUGUGUUAUUAGUACGCUUAAAGUUGCCUUAAAAAUAUAAAAGCGGGUUUCACUUAUAAA